AUAAAGGGCAAAACAAGAAAAAGCCGUAAAUUUUGGAUAAACUUCGUAAAAGUAUGUUUCGGUUUCGCCGCAAUAUUCGCCUCAUCUUUCAUAUGGGUAGACCGGAGUGUUUUCUUUCAGUUUAUUUAUAAGGGAUUCGGAUGGCAAACGCUAAUUCUUUUCAUACUUGUUGUUACCUUCAUCUUCGCUUUGAUUAUAUUACUCUCGAAUCUGUUUGGUAAAGAUGUCCUCGAAGAUCUAGUUUCACCUGAAAUCACUUUUUUAUUUGUGUUGUUCUUUCUUACGCAACGGGUUGGAGAGUGGUGUGCAUUGGUCAAAGACUUGGAGAGAAAGGAAGAAAAAGAUGAAGGAAUGAAAGAAGGAAAGAAAGUAAGAGAGAUAGAAAGAUAG